AUGGUACUUGAGGCUAUUCUAUCAUCUCCUUGGUGUAGCUCUUAUCACUUGCUGGUUAUUGUACAGAAGAGUCGAAGAGCAGCAGCUUUCGCCAAUGAAACAGAAGGACUUCGAAUUUCAAGUAGAAGUUUAUGCUUGUUUGAGCUAUUGAUAAACAAAGAAAGGUUUUUGCAAUAUGAACUUGUACCAAAUGUUACUGAGGGUAAUUUAAGCAGUACUGAAGUAAGUAAUCAGAUAAGUAAUGAUUCUUUUGAGAUAGAAGACAUCUCUGGAGAAAACUCUCAAGAAAAUACAACCGGUCAUGAUAAGGAAUCUUCUAUUUAUCCACAACAAACUUCCACAUCCUCACAAGAGGCUCCUGUUUCUACUCAAGAAGCUUCUACAUCAUCGAAGAAACUUCUACGCCUUCAAGAGAAGCAUCUACUUCAAAACGAUCAAGAAAAAUGA